UGAGCGGGGAGUGUGUGAGCUGCCCUGUCUCCCCUGAUGACGAGAGGCUGGGUAACAUGGAGUCGGGCAAGAUGGCGCCUCCUAAGAACGCUCCCAGAGAUGCAUUGGUGAUGGCACAGAUCCUGAAGGAUAUGGGAAUCACGGAGUAUGAACCAAGGGUUAUAAAUCAAAUGUUGGAAUUUGCUUUCCGAUAUGUGACUACAAUUCUUGAUGAUGCAAAAAUUUAUUCAAGCCAUGCUAAGAAACCUAAUGUUGAUGCAGAUGAUGUCAGACUGGCAAUCCAGUGUCGUGCUGACCAAUCUUUUACCUCUCCUCCCCCGAGAGAUUUUUUACUGGAUAUUGCAAGGCAGAAAAAUCAAACACCUUUGCCACUGAUUAAGCCAUAUGCAGGACCUAGACUACCACCUGAUAGAUACUGCUUAACAGCUCCAAACUACAGGCUGAAGUCCUUAAUUAAAAAGGGACCUAAUCAAGGACGCCUAGUUCCACGAUUAAGUGUUGGUGCUGUUAGUAGCAGACCGACCACUCCCACUGUAGCAGCCCCACAAACAGUGUCUGUCCCAAAUAAAGUUACAACUCCAGUAUCAGUGACAAGCCAAAGAUUUACAGUGCAGAUUCCAUCAUCUCAGUCAACACCUGUCAAACCAGUUCCUGCAACAACUGCAGUUCAAAAUGUUUUGAUUAAUCCUUCAAUGAUUGGAUCCAAAAAUAUUCUUAUUACCACCAACAUGGUUUCAACACAGAACACAGCCAGUGAAUCAAACCCACUGAAGAGAAAACAUGAAGAUGAUGAUGACAAUGAUGCUAUGUAAGAAAUAGUCUAGGCUAGUCUAGAUGCAUUUAAAAAGUAUAGUUGAUUUUGAGCCUACGUAGCAGAAUACAGCAUUCUAGAUCUUGUUUUUAUCUUAGAAAACUUAAAUAUAACUUUAACAUUUUUUCACAUGAGUUUAAACUGUUAGGUUUCUUUCAUAAGAAUAUAAGUAUUUUCUCAUUAGGCUUCAAGUACAUAAGUUGAAAACUUGUUUCUUAAUAGUUUUAUUAAUGUUGAGUGCCACAAUGGCAGUUCUGUUUUUGAAAGCAGUUUUCUGCCAUUUAUCACUGAUAGCAGCACUUAAGUUUCAGUUUCUACAACCUAGUCAGUAAAUUAAUUAUUAAUCUCUAACCUACAUUUAAAUAAGUACUUUCUUUUUGUGAGGUAAAAUUACCACUUUCAUUGUCACUAGCUCUUUUGACCAAAUCUCUUAAUUUAGGAAACAUUUUUUGAAAGGAUAGAUUUAGAGAGGUUCUAAAUCCAUUUUGAAUGUAUUUAAGUUCCUUGGUCUCCCCUGAUUUUCUACCUUAAUUGUUUUUCUAGUUCCUAUUUGUUUUCUGUACCAAUCAUCCAUAGGCUUAAGUUUCUCCCCAUUGCCCUUAAAUUUAAAAGGUUGUAACUGGAAUUUUUUAAAUACCAUUCCUGAUAAUACAGCUCAGUGACAUUUUCAUAUCUUUAAAACCUGCUUUACAAAAAAAAAAAAAAAAAAAAAAAAAACCUGCUUUACAUGCCUGAUGUUCUGGUUAACUUGAACCUGAAUAUUUGUGUUUGAACUUUGUUUUUCACUCCAUACCAAAGUAGUAAUUGGAUUUUAUCCCUUCCCUUUCAUGCCUGUUGAACUUUACUACGCUUUUGAUAUGAGUUUUGGGUCAGUAACACUCACUUGUAUUCCAAGUUGAUAAGUCUACCAUAUUUCACAUUUUUUAAUUUAAUGGAGAGGCUGUAGCUUCGAAUCUGCCUUGAUAAGUAAUUUACACUGGACCUAGCAAAAUCACUGAAGAACAAAUGUUUUCUUCCCACCACAUGCAUAUAUGCUUUAGUCACUGCUGCCUAAACCCUCCUAUUUUUAUAACUCAGAUCAUUUUUCUAGCUUGUUGAUGAGGAUGUCACACGCAAGGUAGGAUCAAACCAGAAAACAGACUCUAACAGUUCCCAUUCCUCUGUAAGGCCAAUACGGAAAACAAAAUUAGUGUCAUGUGACUUGCAUUUAGGUGCACUCUUCACAAGAUUCCCAGUAAUAUUGCUAAACAGCUUCCCCUAUGUCCACAUCUAAAAGUCUUACUGUUAAGAUUUCAAAGCUUUUGAGAAUAUGAACAGACCACUUGUAUUUAGUUUAAGUAAGUUUGACGUGUCUGCCAUACUAAUAUUUAUGCAGAAUUUUCUGAAAUAAAUCUUCAUAUCAUAAGUUAGCAUUUAUAACCAAGGAUCCUCAAAAAUUAGUUAUAAGUUUCAUCUUAGGAUGGUGCUUGAGAUUUGAGAAAUAGCCCAAUCACAGGGAAGAAAUGUCUUAUCACAGUUUGAGUAUUUAAGGAUGUGAGGGGAAAAUGAUAUAAAAUUUUUUAAAAAUUCAAAUCUGAUUAACAUCACAGGAGAGAAAUGUUCACUAUAUAACGCAGAUAUCAUUACUUGAAUGUUCUCAGGGAGGCAGCAUGUUAGAAGGCCUAGGUUCUAGUCCUGGCUUCAUUAUUUACCAACUGUGUGACCUUAUCUCACCUCUAAGCCUUGUUCUUCUUACUAGUAAUAGGAAAAUAACACCUCCCCUACCUACCUCACAGGGAUGUUGUGAGGGUUUAUUGAUAUAUGUGAAAGUUCUUUCAAAACUGUAAAAUGAUAUAUAACUAUAAGGAAUUAUUAUUAAUGCAUUUGUUCCAAGGUUAUUAAUAAAAAAUCAAGCUUAUCAA